ACACCAUUGUUAGUACAUUCUUUCUAAACUAUAAUCGUAAGCCUGCUUGUUAGUUUCUUUUAGUGGUUUAUAUGGGCUUAAGAGCUGCAUGAAUGAGCAAAAGACGUUAAUCGCCACAGCUGAACCAAUGAGCAUGAAUACCGAGAAGAAACAAAAUCUACAGCACCUCCAUAAUACCUACAAGUUUGAAGAAGGAAGGAACUAACUCGAACAACAUGUCACAACACCAUAGAAAGAAACCUAGGAUCGCAACAAAAGAGAGCAAAGAAUUAUGACUACACCAGCUCAACCUCUCUAAAGAACCAGAGCAUUCGAGAAGUUUUAGGUUGAGGGCAAAGACACCUUGAUCUCGGAUUUGGAAAACGCCAAAAGCCUAACAAAUAUUACAUGCAACAUUCGCAGCCCAUUUUUAAUUUGCCGUCGACAGAUAAAAGAUAGGCCACAUUUUCGCAAGAAAGUAGAUAGAGAACAAGAUCGCUGAUUCAACUUGAAGACGGCUUGCUAAUAGUUGUCUUACCUUUGAAUUUUUUUUGCCCAUUUUCUACCCCUUUUCUUUUAUUGUUUUGAUUCGGGUGUCUUCCUCUUCAGUAGUAAACUUUUGAUUCUUAUUGUUUUGUAUUUUUUUUUUCUUAAUAGAUAUCUUUAAUAUUUGACCAUUCAUCUCGUUAUACUAAGAUAGAAUCCGACUUGCUCAUUUGCAAAUUUUGGGAUUACAUCAUGUCUUAUGCAAUUCAAUGUACUGAGAUCUUAAAACUACGAGCGAGAAACUAAUUUAAUUUUUUUGCAAUUCUGAGGAAGGAACAUACGCCUAUAUUUAUGAAAUUUAAACCGUGAUCAGGUUUCGUGUUUGUAAACAAUGUAUCACUCAUAGUAGUGGUGCAAGUUAUGGCUGAAAAGCAUUGCUGAUUCUGAAAACUCCAUUGCCAGAGCUUUUACGUGAGUAUAACGGAUUAUCCCAAAAAUAUUCCACAAGUUUAAGAAUAAUUAUUUUUUUUUAUCUAAAUCCACUAAGACUUUUAUCAAAUUAUAUUAGCCAACUAAUCGCAAUGGAAAAUAUUAUAAGAAGUCAAAUAUCAGUUUUCAAGAAAAGUGGCAAGCCUAAUAACUCCCGAUGCAACACAAAUAAACAUUAUUGACCAUUUAUAAGGACUGUACUUAUAAGAACCAUCAUAACCUUUUUUCAAAUCUAGCCGACGGCCCAAGGCUUUAAUUAUUGUUAUAUAGCCGACAUGCAAAAGCCUGAAAAAUUAUGUGAAGUAUAUAACAAUUCCUAUUACAUGUGUCAGUGAUUCGAUCAAUCUAUAAAAGUAUGUUCGAACUUCGAAGUCUCCGUAACUUAGCAAAAGAAUGAUUUUAAUUUCAGGUGGGAGAGGUCGUGCCCAGGAGAGCAUGGUGAACGCCAGGCUCAUUAUUAAAUCGGACUAAUAAAAAUACUUGAGGCUCAAUAAAGACCUUAAUUACAACAUGAGUUUGGAGAUUAACAAUCUCCCGUUGUCUUAGAUGAAUCUGAGAAUCGUAACCUUGCUGGCCUCCACUUAAUAUGUUUCACUUUCAUUUGUUGCUGGAAGUUGAAACCGUAUAAUUCAAAAGACGUUCCUGUUUUAAAAAAAAUAGUAAUGAAAACGACUUCUUUUCCAAGUACUAUAAUCAAAUAACCUUAAAAGUUUAUAGUGAUAUCACUGUGUAGCUUUUAACGACUGUCAAAAAUCAAAAUUAUGAUAAAAUAUGCUAACUAAUGUUUACUUUAUUAUCAGUACGCGCUUUGUCAACUAAGUAGUGCUUAGAAAGGAGUAUUAUCUAAAUAAUCAUGUUUAUAAUAGUCGUAUACAUCAAAAAACUAUUUUGAAUUAUUGGUUUUGCUGCAUGCUUCAUGGCAACCGUACGAAGGUGACUCUCCACUUGUUAUCCCAAGUUUUGCGGAUUUUUCAGCAUAAACAAAUACAGAUUACCCUUACUACAUCUUUCUGCAUUCUCUAUUUGUUUUUAUAAUACAUUUCUUUGGAUAUUAAUACAAUCACUAAAACAUAUAUACCAGAUUUUGACUACUAAAUUUGGUGGUGUACGUUUGUCAAUAUGAAAAUUAUUUUUUUAAGUUACGGAAAUAUUUUAAACUAGAUAUUAAAUUUUACACAUAAGACCAACAUUUCUUGCUUGUAAACUAACUGUCGAUGAGAAUGACUUGAAUAGUACUCACGAGUUGCGACCACGUAGCUUCUGCUCCAAGACACUAAUUUGGGAAAACUCAAAACUCCCAUGUUACCGUUAACUUGUUUAAUAACUACUCAAGUGGUGACCUUCUCUAGUCUUUAAUUGUCCAUUAAAGUUCGAGCUCAUAAACUCUUAGUUUAAAGCUAUGCACCAAGACCAAUGUACAUCAAAUAUAUAAGUAUAACCCACUAAUGGUGAUAUAUUAAGCUUUCAAUAUUGUUUUACCAUUUUGAAGGGAGGCUCUUCUUUUUAAGAUGGAUCUUUGCCCUAAAUUUUAUUUGAACCAAGUCUCUUUCAUUUCUAUUUGGAUUCUUCGUUCAGAACCGUAGAUAGACCCGUCCACAUGCACAUAUUUAUAUUAGCUCUGAACGUAGUCGGUAGUGUAACCUUUUUACUAGCUAGUCCCUGUCACCGAUUAAUGGUGAAAAUCAUGUUCUUAUUGUUAACUGAAGUAGCAAGAAAAACUAACUCAUGAGUUGCAUAUAUAUUGUCAGUGGUUAUCGCUCGAAAUAUAAAAGUAUUGAUCACCUUAUGGUACAGAAUUUAGGACUGUGCAUGCGAUACUCCAUUGUGAUUGGCAACAAAUUCUGAAAUCAAAAGAUUGUUACAGUUGAUGUUCCAUCAUCACUAUUGGCAUAUAUCCUCCCACCUCAAUCGUGUUAAAAAAAAUAAAAACCUCCCACCUAAACAAGUGAAACUAGUGAAGAGAGAUCAUCAUUCAAAGUUCUGAUGACAAAAAUGUAACAUUGGAUUUGUGUACAUCCCAGUGAAACAUCCAAAUUAUUAUGGAAAAUAAAAUUAUUGAAGUCCUUACUAAAUGUUUAUACCCCAAUAUUCGGUUUAUCUAAAUUUUAAUCUCAGUUAUAAUCCUAAGUAACACACACAUAACCUAUAACCAAUUAUUAUAUACGAAUCUUAUGGUAACAGUGUAUAUACAUAAAUAGAGUAGACGGAUAUAAUAUAUAUACUUAAAUUGGUCCGUACUUGGCUCAAUGGAGAACAGUGGCCAAGAACACUGCACUAAACCUGGGGGUUUGUCUUUGUCAAUCCAAAGGAUUCUCCGUGUCUCUCUUCCUAGUUUGGAUCUUUCAUAAUCUCCUCCACUUCUCUCACGUGCCCCUUUUAUGAUGCUUUCUACCAAACUAAUGCCAAAUUACAAAGGCCACAAAACGUAAUAUGAAUAACCCAUUUAUUCACAUUUGUUAAUCCAUGGACUAUAUAUAUAUAUAUAUAUAUAUAACUGCGUUUAGCUGUUGUACCAAAAACUAACGAUUGAAAAAGAUUACAAAGAACUGGGAUUGUCUUUCUGGAGCAAAUACUAUUGAAAACGUCAAAAUAUACUCUCUCCGUUUGAUAUUAUUAAGAAAAUGAUUGAAAUAUAUUAAACUUUUUAUUAAUUAUACAUAUUCAACAAACAGUAUUUGAGAUAAAAAUAAUAAUUUAUAGUUAAUAUAUUUGUAAUUAAUAUUAAACUAAAAGUUAUAUUGAAAUUAUAUAAUUAUAAAUUAUAUAAUUAUAUUUUUUGUGUAACAAAAAAAUGUUAAAAAUACAUUUUUGUAAAAAAUCGAGCGAGUAAAUUGAAAGAAAUCUUUGUUUAAAUAUUUGAUUAAAAAACAUGCUGUAAAAGUUAUUGCUUAACAAUUUAAGAUGGCAUUUUUUAUUUAUCGGAUUGUAUUAUUUAUAAGUUAUAAAUGUAUCACAAAUAAAUGUUAGUAAAUGAAAAAAAUGCGUUAAAAUAGCCGAGGAUAACAAACUCAAAUAAGAAAAUUGAUUAUUUGGCGGGAGCAAAUGUAACUAAAAUACUAAUAGUCUUUUUGAAAAAAUGGGAGGAAUGGAACUAUAAAUGGCGCCAAGUCCUAGGUUGCCUCCACCCACGUUACUCUUCAGUCUUCACUGUAAAUGACAAGAUUUUAUUAAAUAAUUUGUUACUAUUUCUCUUAAAAUACAUUGCCAAGAUGAGGAAACAAAAUCAUAUAAGAAGAGAAACAAAUAUAUUUAUACAGAAGGUCAGAAGAUUGGUUUCCUUUUCCCCGUGGACGAAGUUAAACAUCUUAAACAUAUACUUUAGGAAAAGAGAUAGAAAAAUACUAACAUUUACUCAAAUAGAAUCUUUACUGUUGAAUAAGCACUUUAGGAAAACACAGCACGUGACAGGUUGUUCAUAUGAAAUGAAUGCAUGGACGAAACCGCUAAAGAAAGUCACUGCAAAAUGUCGGUCAAAGGGGAUGCUAGUGUAGGCAUUAUAAUUCAGAAGUAUAUCUUUUAAAUCUUAGUAACAUACACACUCCUUUUUAUUUCAAUACAGCUGUAUAGUUUUACCAUUUUUCACUCAAUUAAAAUACUAUUUUUUGUCUAAAAUUAAAAUACUAUUACAUAUCUGAAAAAAUACAUGUCAUUUUAUUUGAAAAAUAUUAAACUAUAUCUUUGUGACAAAAAAUAAAUUAAAAUAAUUUGAAACAUAGAUUUUCUUAUAACUUGAUAUGCUAUGGAUAUACUAAUAAAAAUAUUUAAAUAAUAAAUAUUUGUUUUGGGUAUCUUGGGAAUACAGGCUCUGGCUCAGCACAAAUGUAAAGUCAUUUUGGAGUUUUGAGGAAAAUAUCUCAAAUACACGUGUCAUUAUACUAUUUGCUAACAUGGAUGCGGCUUCUAGUACAAGAAACGAAAAUGAAAACAUAGAAAAGGAAAUGAAUGAGUAGAAAAGCUAAUAAUUUUUUUGAAAAUAUUUUAUUUCUAUAUUAUACCCCGAAAAGAUCCUAUAAAACAGGUUAUAAUGAGUGAAUUCUGAAUGUUUUAUUUCUCUGCAUUCUCUCUCUCUCUCCAUCUUUUUCAUUCGCUAAAUUCUUCAAACUUUUCAUAACUAAACCCAGAAUCUCUGUUUUUUCUUCUUCAGACAGAACCUUUAUAAGCCAGAAAUAUUAAUAAGGUGAAAAGUGAUGAUGAUGGAUGAAUAUAUGGAUUACAGACCAGUGAAGUACACGGAGCACAAGACAGUGAUCAAGAAGUACACUAAAAAGUUGUCAGUGGAGAACAAGAAGAAGAAGAAGAUCAGUUCUGGUCGUGACUCGGCGAAGCUGGUUCGGGUGUGCGUGACGGAUCAUGACGCUACUGAUUCAUCAAGCGACGAGGAGGAGUUUUUGUUCCCAAGAAGACGGGUGAAGAGAUUGAUCAACGAGAUCAGAGUCGAACCGAGCCCCUCCGACGAACCCUCGGCGGCUUCGAAUAAGAACGGUAAAAGCCUGGCCGUUGAACCUCCGCUUAAAAAGGUCUCUGUCUCCGGUGACGAUCAAAGCGAGAGGAAGUUCCGCGGCGUGAGACGGCGGCCGUGGGGAAAGUACGCGGCGGAGAUUCGUGAUCCGGAGCAACGCAGGAGGAUUUGGCUCGGUACAUUCUCAACGGCGGAGGAGGCUGCCCUCGUCUACGACAACGCAGCGAUCAGGCUUCGUGGCCCUGAUGCUCUCACCAACUUCGCCGUACCACCAGAGCCCAAACCGGAGCAGGAACCAGAAUCCAAGAGCAGCGUAUCGGUUUCUUCAGCAUCAGAGUCAAUGGACUACUCUAAUCAUCAUUUGUCAUCUCCAACGUCGGUUCUCAACUACGGAGUCUCAGAACCAAUCGAUGAACCUGUCAAACCGGUUAAACAAGAGUUUAUUAAACCGGAGCCAGUAACCUGGCCUUUCGAAGAAGGUAAUGGUAAUGAUAUUGAUGGUUCAUUUCCAUUGGAUAUUCCAUUUCUCGAGAACUAUUUCAACGAAUCAUCGCCGGACAUCUCCAUUUUCGAUCAAUCAAUGUCUCAUAUUCAAUCGCCAGAGAAUGGUUUCUUCGAUGAUCUUAUGCUGUUCGAUCACAACAAUAUGGGAGGAGAAAAUUAUUGUUCCGACAUCGAAGAGAUUGGUUCAAUGUUCAACAGUGUUGAUGACUUUUUUAUAUCUGAUUUUUUAGUUGUAUGAUAAUUUCAUACAAAAAGAGAGACACACAUUGGUUUCAAAUAUAGCUGAUGGGAGUCAAAUUUUGUCUUGAAUUUUUGAGUUUUGAUAAGUUUUCAUUUUAAUAAUUUUGUUUAGAAGUAAUUGAAGUGUGGUUUGUAAAACAUUUUUGUGAGAAAUAUUGGGAAUGAUAACUAAUUAUUAAAUUAGUUUGUUGUUUUGUCAAUGUCUAUGAAUUCUUAGAACGUUUUUAAUUUUUUUUUGUUACUUGCUUUCAUGUAUGAAAAAAUUUAAUCACUGUAUAAGAAACAAAACUGAAGUUCUCUUUUGGCGAUAAAUGCCAACACUAAGAGGCGCAAAUCACGGCCAUGACCGGUGGUGUGGCUUUGGGUCCGGUUUCACUUUCAGUCGGUGCUCUUUUUGCCUUCUCUUUAGUAAAAGUGUCAUUUGUGUUCCGGCCGGCCGUAAAGGAAACAAAUCAAUAUGAAAAUAAUAUUCGAUAACAUACUUAUCAAAUAUGAAAUUUCUUGUAAUAAACUUUGAUAAAUAUAUGUUAACUAAAUAAGGAUUAAAAAAAGAGAGUCAGCAUUGACUGAUCCAGUCAGUUGGAUUUUGAAUAAAUCUAUCACUUUCUCGUUUCAAAAUAUACCUUGUGUAACUGCUAAAAGGUUUUCAUCCAUUUGAUUAGUUUCGAUAUUUCAAAACCCAUAUAAUGCGUUCUAAAUCAUAAAGUAAUCAGCCUGUACACUUCUAUUUUUUAUUUUCUUAAAAAAUUAUCUCAUGAUUUAAAGUUUUUUUUAUACCCAGUCGUAUAUUGUACGCGUUUUGUCCGCAAAAUCAAAAAUAUUGGUGGCAAAUUAGUUCGAUUGUUUAAGAAGAUUUAUACAUAUACAAAUAAUUCAGUUUUUUUUUAAAUUACCUCAUGAAUUAUUCAUGUCCUCUGGAUAUUAAAUUCAGUUUUUUUUUUAAUUUUUUCACGUACAAUUCUUAAAGAAUUAUAAUAAAUGCAGAACAUAAGAUGGGAGAAGCAAAAUGGGACAAAUAAUUAUGUCCCAAACCAUAUAAUAUAAUUAUAUUUACAAUGUAACGAUAUGAAUGAGUAUGAAACGUCGCACUAGUGUAAGAAAUAAUAUCCAAGCGCCUAUCCACAUGCUGAUUUGCAGAUUUACAUACCAUUAUCAUUAUUAUGUUUGAACUCAUGCUGUAUAUAUACAUUUGUAAAAUUCAUUAUAUGAUGACUGCAAAUUAUAACAUAUACCUAAAUGUGAAAAAAAUGAAGGGAACCGAAUUAGACUGUUUUGAAUAUAUUACAAGAAUUAAUUUCCACAAAGGAGGAUGUGUUUCAAAGUAGGAAACAUAAUUUUAGCUCUGUUGGACACGGAGGAGCCUUAUGGGCCGAGAAGGAGAUUGAAGUAAGAACUUUAUAGUGUGCUUGAACCACACCGGCUCAGAGGAAAGUCUAUUUCAGAGCUUGGUCUUACUGACGCAACCCUAUUGUAAACCGCUAUACAAAUCUCGACACAGAAAUAUAAAGUGGUGACCAUGUUGGGAGAUUGAAGUUAGUACCGCUUGACCAGUAAAAAUGCAAACUCAAACGCAAAUAUUCGCGCCUGAACAACCACAUGACAUGAAUAAUUACUAUUUUGAUUGAAAACAUAUAGAAACAAGUCUAACUCACAAAAAUAAAUUAUUUAAAUACUCAACACCAGAAAUACUCAACACCAGUCCUUUUAUUUUGGAGAAUAUGUGAUUAUUCUGCGUACGGUAUGAUCAAUGACUCAAAACCACUUUGAAAAAUAACAAUUCACAAACAUGCAGGUCGACUAAAGCCAAUCUUUUUUUCAUGCUCGAUGCGCCAAGCUGUAGCGACUUGAAAUUUUAUCUCACUACGCUAAACACAUCAUAGAAGAGCCAAAAUUGUUUUUUUUGUUUCUGUUACGGCAAUGAACAACCAAAAAAUCUGAAGUAAAAAAUACCAUCGAUAGAUCUUUAAAAAAAUUGUUUGGACAGUUUGUAAGCGACUGUUUUCACUAUCACCACUUUAAAUUCACUUCCGUCGUGUUAUAUUUUUUUUUUGUGGCUAGUUGCAGACGUCACGGCUGAACAAGGCCUACGCCACUUUUUGGUUCGUUCGGGUUAACUAAGUUAAAUAUUUUUGGGAAAAUUGUUUUUUUAAAGCAAAAAAAUGAUAACUAUGUAUUUUUAGACUAAUAUAUAUUUUGUGUCAUUUUGCCCAUAACACCUUUUAAUAUUUUUUAAAAAUAAAUUUAAUAAAUAAUUUUACAAACAAAAAAAAAUUGAAAAAAUAGUAACUUUUGACAAAAUACUAAUAUGAACUUAGUGGUAUUUUUUUCAGUUUUAAAAAUGUUUAAAUCAUAAAUUUCAGAUUAUGUUCUAAAUAAAUUAGAAAUGACAUUCUAUGAAGUAGAAAACAAAAUCCACUUUUUUCAUUGAAUUUACAAUGUUUAGAAUACGUGAUCUACGUAAAUAAGAGUAUUCUAAGAAUAUUUAGAAUACACAUUCCGCGCUUAACCUACCGAUCUAAAAUCUUUAGAAAUCAAAUUCUACACAUCAAUAUAAAUCUACAGCACGUAGAAACCGACUUCUACAGAUUUACUGUAAAUCUAAAACAUGUAGAAAUCAAAAUUUACAUAUUACUAUAAUUCUAAAAACCUGUAGAAACCGAUUUCUACAAACUAGUUGUAUUUUACGGAUAAAAAAUCAGUUCCUAAAAAUAUGGAAGCAAAAUAUUUGAGAAUAUUCACUUUCAUAUUUUGAAAAAAACGAUUUUUUAUAAAAAAACAAAAAAAACGAAAAAAACAAAAAAAUUACAACUUUAAGAGCAUUAUUGCCAUUUGAAAAUAAUUAACCUAAUGAGACAUAAAGUAUAUGAGAUUAGUCUAAAAGGACAUAGUUAUCAUUUUUUUGCUUUAAAAAACAAUUUCCCAAUAUUUUUUUUUUACCAAAUAACUAAGUUAAAUUUAUCCAAACUUUUUUUAAAGGAGACAAGUAGACAACAUACGUGAAGAGGUGUUUAGAAUGCGAAUGCCGUGAAAUAACAAAUAUUUAGUCGAGGAGUUGAAAGAGUUGACUAGGUGUUCCUCUUCUAUUUAGUCUUUGCUUAUUUUUAUUUAAGUAAAAAAAUUCUAGUCAACACAAAUAAUUGUCGUAAAUCUAAAGAAAAAGUUGGGAAGCCCCGUUAGUCCGGUGGUUUAACUAAGAGUUUAUUAAUGUUUAUACACCAAAAGGUGAAAACACAAAUUAUGCAGAUUAUGAAAAAAAAAUGGUUACAAAAAGUUUUCAGCAUAGUCAUGACGUAUCAUCGAACAUAGAUCUCAUAGGGCAGCUCGGAAUCAAGCAGUCACACAUGCAUUCUCAUAUGGUGGUAGAAUUGUCGGCUGUAAAAUCUUCUAUGUUAUAUUUCUCAGCGUUCAAUAGCAUAAUUAAUCAGACGUUAAAAAAAAAUCUACAAAAAAUCAAUUUCGGAAACGUGUUCACUAUGGUAGUUUGUAUUUACGGCUGAAAAUAUUUACCGUACCGUCGGUGGUCUGAAAUCAUUUUAUUCAGCUAUUCAAAUUCAGAACGUCAUUAAUCAACUUAAUGACUCCGAUUGGUAAACAUUGCUUAAUCACUGAAUUGCAAAAAAAAAAUUAAACUGCAAAAAAAAUAAUUAACCAGUAGAAAAUUUUAAAAUUUGUGAAUGGCAGAAUAUAUAUUAGAUUGAUUAAAAUAUUUUAUAUGGUAUGUACCUUAUUAUAAGACAAAAUAAAUUUAAAUAAUAAACUAAUUACUACAAAAUGUGAAAGUAAAUAAAAUUUAUUAAAAAUAUUUUACUUCUUAUUAUAAAUAUUUAGCUAAAUUUAGUACAUUUUUAAUAAUUAAUUGACAUCUUAAAAUAUUAUAUAAAACAAAUUCCAGUAUAAUUUUAUCUUUAAAAUAUUUAUUAUUAUUUAUUUAAAAUUUUGAAAUGGUGUAAUCAUAUAAUUUAAUAAUAUGAAAGCUUUUGUAAAUAAUCCUCUAAACUAAAUUUUCCACUUAAUAAAAAUUUCCUUUGUUUUUCUCUCAGAAAAAAAUCAAGUUAGCGUUUUUGCAUUUUUUUUUAUUUCGCAAUUUUUGUUGAUUGGCAAAAUACUUGCGUAAUCGCAUUUAAAACGCAAUUCCACCAUUCUGAAAGGUUACCAAUUAAAACCAAUGGCUCCAAUUGGUAACCACAUCUUAAUCGCGGAAUCGCGGUAAAAAUAGUUAAGCUGCAGAAAAAUUUAAUUAAUCAACAAAAAAAUUUAAAAUUUGCGGAAUGAUAGAAUACAUAUUAAACUGAUCAAACUAUUUUAUAUCUUAUUCAAUUUUUUAUAAUAAAAAAAAUAUCAAUAAUUAAACUAGUUAUUACAAAAUGUGAAAAUAGCUAAAAUUUAUUUAUAAAUAUUUUAGUUCUUUUAUAAAUAUCUAGCUUAUAUUUCAAUACAUUUUAAUAAUAGAUUGAAAAUUAAUAAUAUACAAAUUAUAUUAUAACUUUAUUUAUAACAUAACUAUUUAUCAUCUAUUUUUUAUUGCUUUGUAUUUUAAAUUUUAAGAUAGUAUUAGCAUAUAAUUUAAUAAUAUGAAAGUAUUGAUUUUGUAUUUUUUUUCUGCCAUAAUCUAUUAAAAUUCACUUUUCUACUUAAUAAAAUAUUUUUUUUUAUAUUUUUAUCAUCAAAAACGCAAAUUUACCUUUUUACAUUUUUUUUCAUUCUAUAAUAUUUUGUUGAUUGGUAAAAUAUUUAUGGAAUCGUGUUUCAUAUAUCAUUCCGUCAUUCCGUAAUGUUACCAAUGCCAAUAUGUUACUGGCUGACAUGCGUUAGUAUUUUUCUUUCUUUCUUCUAAACAGUCAGCUACGUUCCAACCUUUUUAUGCAAUCAAAAAAGCUAGUUGAAGUCGUCUAUUUGUUUUUCAUUUUUUUGCCAACGCUUAUUUUUCUUCUUCUUAAUGUUUGCCGACUGCUAAAUGCUAAUUGAUAUCAGGGGUAUCCUCUAGAUUUUGGAAGUUUUAUGAAGUUAAACUGUGGCUACUUUUUUUUCUUUUUUUUUGGAACACCACUUAACUGUGGCUACUUUAAAAUAAUUUUUUUAAAUCACAUGCCUUAUCUUUAAGAACAAAUUUUAUAUAAUACUAUAUAGUUUUGUUUUUGGAAUCUACAUUUUAUAAACUAAACAUCUUAUAGUUAUAGAAUAUCUAAUCAAAAAAAAAAUUGUUAGCAAAAAAAAUAUCUAAUCAAAAUACAUAACUGGAAGUGCUAUUUCGUGUUAAAUUAAUGGUGGUUUUGAAAUAUUUAAAUAUUUUUCCUUUUUAUUUGAGUUUUCUAUAACAUGUUGAUAGACAUGUGGACAACUUCUAUGAAAGACGGAAUAUAAAUGGCUUUUAUAAUAAAACAUGUAAAACUGAUUAAAAACCAUACAAAGAAGCAUAAAUAGGCAUCGAGCUUCUCAUAUGCAUGGUGAAAGUGAAAGAUAACCCUUCGAACCAAUGUGGCUUCUCAAAUUGUUUCCUUUUUUGCUAAAUUUUGGAGUUCUUCUCAAAUUGUUAUAUAUAUAACUAGGGUCGGUCCCCGCUUCGCGCGGAAUAUUAUAUUUAUUUUGGUUAACGUUGAUAUUUGUUUAUUUUCUUAAUGUGUUUUCGUUUUUAUUUUUUAUCAAUAUAUUUUGUGAUUUUGAACGAUUUUACUUAAUAUUUUUUUUUCUAUUUUGUUUUUUUUAUAACAAAACACAUUUGCAUCUCAUCCUUGUAUACAUCUAAUUAAAAUUAACAUUAUUUUAUAUUUUCAUUAGUUUUGUUAUAGAUCAUAAUUUUGUAUUAGCAUGAAAAUAUUUUCAUUAUUUUAACUGUUAUACAAUUUCUUAAAUGUUUGCUCAAAUUUUAAUAUAUAUAUAUAUGUAGAAAAUAUAAUAAUUUUUUUUAUUAUUUCGGUUAGGUUUAACACUCAAAACGUUGAUUCGUUUUUCUCUUUUCUACAUACUUUAGAAUUUUUGACAUUUAAUUUAUUUUUUCUAUUCGAAUCACUAAUAUAAAUCAUCCAAAAAGUAACUAUAUAAUUCCCUGUUAUAGAAAAGUUAAUUUUGGUAAAUACAGUGAAAAUAUAUAUAAUAUUAAUUAUUACUAUUCUUAAAAUAUAUCACUAAAUUUUUAUAUUAUUAUAUUUAGAGAUUAAAUUUAAAAAAUAUAUUAUCCAAACAACUGAUUAGAUUUUUAGAAAUAAUUUUUAAUCAUUUACUUUCUGAUUUUUUUAAAGAUUGAAUAUCCUAUAUAUAAUUAAUUUAUUAUAUAUUUAGAGAAACUUACUAUAUUUUUAUUCAAUAUUUUUUAUUUGUUAGAAUUUAUCCUUUAUUUAAAAUAAAAUUAUAAUAUAUAUAUAACAUGAUAAAAAAUUACUAUUAAGUUUUGAUUAGUAAAUGUUUAUUCUGCAAAAUUAUGUUUUUAGAUUCAAAAAAUUAAACUGGAAAAGAAAAUUUGCUAAUUUUUCUGUCGAUUAAUUCGUAAAACUAAAUAAUGAUUUGCUAUCAUAUUGUAAAGGAAGGGAUACCUUUACAAUAAGUUGCUGUUUACCAUCUUUGUUUGGUUUGUUUAUUUUCAGUUCAAGUAGUCUAUUGUUCGUAUAUUUUCAAGAGUAACUACUUAGCAAGUCCAACAUCUGAUAUCUACCAAACCAAUUCAGAUAGGUAAGCCUCGUGUUUGUCAUAAAAUCAAAUGAAAGAAUAAACAACAUAUAACAGUACUGGCACCAAAAGCGAAGCAGCUCAGCCCAUUCUUUACAACAAUCAUGUAGCAUUCAAAUACAGGGUAAGCACAACCAUUUACCAUCCUGCAAGAACAAAUGCAGGAGAGUAAAUCAACACUAACCUAUCCAAUAUCGUUGAGCUAAACAAAUGAAAGGUGAUUUCGUAAACCAAUAAGGAGUACAACUCCUUAAGACAACAUGAUAAAUCGAAAACAAAGAAACCUCUUAGCUAUUGCAUCAGGCAAGUAUCAGCAGAGCAAAAAAAAGUCUUGAUCGUACUGUUGAUUCUAGGACGAUUUGAUUACACCCACGUUCAAAAAGAUAUGAAAUCUGAGAGACUGAAACAACAAAUACCAGAUGGUAAACUAUAAUAAUAAAGUUAUACUCUAAUCUUCAAGAUCAUCUAGCUAACCAACUAAACUUAAAAACUUUUUUUUAAUAAAAAGAGCGACAGAAGCUCAGUCAUGGUGAUGAUAAUAUGAAUAAGGAUGACAACAUUCAGCCUUAUCAGAAAGAAAGUUCUUAAGGAGUUAUAAUACAUUUUUACCUCUAACUAAUCCAGCAAUGGAUAGAUAGUAGUCUACUCACAGAUUCAGAUAUGCAUUCUUGAAUUGCCAUUUUCUCGAUGGUAAAAGCAGCCAAAGGAAAGAUCAAAAGGGAGAGACCGACAACAUAAAAAAAUGAAUUUUUUUUAGAGUCGCUUAAAUUCAUCAUUGUAUCAUAUGUAUAGGAAAGUUACAGUUGGAGAUUCAUUGAUAAGCAUUUUACCAAUACAUGAAAAACAGCCAAUCUUGCAGCAAUGUUGAACUAAACCAGAAAUCUGUUCUGAACAACCAACUGUAUCACAUGAAUGGCAGCAAACAACAAACGUAAGCUCUCAUGAUCAUAAGUUCCGAGCAAUAUAAGAAAAAUUAAAUAACCUUCAUCAAACAGGCGAUGAUGAGUCUAUUGUUUACAUCAAUAAGAACUACUACAGUAACUACACACAUGUUGAAUAAUCCCGCAUGGCUUAAAAAACAAUCACUUUACUAAAGUCAUGAAAGAAAAAACAAUUUUUGAAAGCAAGAAUGUUAAUUUUGGGGUAGAAUCUGCCAUCGACAGCCGAUACUUGUACCUUACAUUGGUGUUUCCUCCGGCUUCUCCUCCACUGGUUUUCCUAAUUUUGGCAUCUCCGCCGUUAGCUCUGACCAGAUAGCUGUUCCUUGAUCGUCGCCGUGUCAACUCUAAGCUCCAGGUCGUUAAAGAAUUGAGCAGUGACACCCAGGGGAAACUCUAAGCUCACCACCGCGUUUCAAGUUUCUGGCUUCCCAAAACCUGAGAAGUCACACCUCGACGAUUGGAGUACACUGUUCAGCCUCCAAAUCAGCGAGUAGGAUAGAUGAGAGCCAUUCUAGCGAAAUAGAAGUUUCUAGCAUUAUUAGGAUUUCUGAGCAUGAUGUUUACGGGAUGAAAGCUAACCUUUUUAUAAAGGGAGAUCACCGCUUUGUAGAGUGGAAAGAUGCACUGAAUGAUAGAAGUGUGCUUGGAAUCGGUCGAAGAGUUAAGACGUCGUUAAAGGCAAUGAAUAAUCAAUUCUUCGUAACGUUUCAGAGGAUUAGAACUGAUUACGAAACUGCACAACCAUAGCUUGACACAGAGUUUCUCCACGACGGUUCGUCUCUCUCAACAUCCUGAAACUCCAUUGUUGGUGUAGACCGUCAAGAUCGAAGAACAACAUGAACCCUCAUUUUUGUAUCGUUUUUCGUAACAACAAAAGGGUACCUGUACCCGAAACCGACACAGGUGGGUAAUGAGCGUGAGGUAAUAAUUCCAUAUUGAUUCGAACCAAUCCACAGAGUUUCUCCACGACGGUUCGUCUCUCUCAACAGCCUGAAACUCCAUUGUUGGUGUAGACUGUCAAGAUCGAAGAACAACAUGAACCCUCAUUUUUGUAUCGCUUUCUACGAAAAAGAUAGGAGUCUCUCUGUAUUGGGCUUGGAUGUUGACUGAGAUAAAAAUUAAUAUCGAAAGAAGAGGCAUUGAAUAUUUUGGAAUAAAACUCAUUUAGAUUGUAAACCAAAAACGAAGAAAGAUUCGGUUAGUGAAAGAUACGUGGCAGCUUGUGAGAGCAUUACUUAGUGACGUAGAAGUCCAGUCAGUCAAUACGCGAAAUCAAAAAAAAAAUGGAAGAAAAGGAAUAAGAAGGAGAUGUCUCUCUGCUCUAACGGCCCAAUAAUGUAACACACCAACUAAAACCCACGAAUCAGAUUUUAAAUGAAACGCAGAUGGGGUUGCGUUUAGACACGUGUCGAGUUAUGAGGAAUUCAUUUAGUGACGUGGCUCAAUGUAAAAGAAGAGAGUCUCUUCUUUAUAUAUAAAGAUGGCAUUAAUUUGUUAUGCUUUAAUAAAGGGAAAUGCCUGAUUAUUACAACAAAUUUUAUUAAUCGGGAAUAAAAGAAAAGCAUAAAUGUCGAAAAACGUCAACCACAUGACAUAUUCAAAGAACUUUUUUUUUGAGCAAACACACAUUCAUUCCAUAUCAAAGUUUACACUCCAUUAGAAGAAGUUAAGUUAAGCAAUGAGAGGGCUGAUUUCGCCACAGAAUCAGUCAUCACAUUACUCGAACGUGGUAUAUACGAAAAGGAAAUAACAUCAAAUAAAGAGUUAAAAUGAUAGAUGUCGAAUAGAAUGCCGAACAACAAAGACUUUUAAUAAAAAAAGCCUUUGAGAGGCAUUGAAACACACGCGCUUCUCUCCUCGUUCUCUCAAAAACCCAAACACCGAUUGUAAAGGGUGGAGACACUACGGUGCUCCGGCGGCGACGUCGGUGUGCGUAGUGGCUAUCCCUCUCCAGAAACUGCUCGACGAGACGGGAUAGGCAAGAUCCGGUGCUUCUAGGAGGUGUCCCUCUCUCUUCGCUGUGACUCGGGAGGGUUUUCUGAAGCGGUGGCCCCUAGAAAUCCCGCUCUGGUGACUCGUCGGUGUGAGGUUGGUGUGCGCCGUUAGAGGACGACGGUGACCCAGCCGGAACCCGCUUGUCAGUCAUUGGGGCUGGGGUUAAGCUCCGAUUGAAAGGAUUGUUCGUCGGUGUCGGUGGAUCUCACAUCCGGGAUGGCGGUUCCCUUAUGUCUUGAAUCUCGCCGACGCGUCUUCUUCCUUUCUCCGCCGCAAAGAGUGGAGGUACACACAAUCUCUCGGACAUGUGAGGCGGUGAAGCUGUUGCGGCUAACGGCGGUUAGGGUUUUGGAGUUGGCUCAUCUUGAAGUCGACGCUUUGUGGCCGCGGGACACUCCGUGGGUGGCUCCGUUGAUGGUAACUGGUGAUGGAUCUGGCGGGCCUCCGACACCCCUGCCGUGACAAGUCUCUGGAAACCGGAUCUGGUGGCUGCGGUGUCUAACGGAGGAGGGAGCUUGCUUCCUCAGUCUUCUUCCCCACAACCUUAUAUCUUCUCUGCUUAAACCUGUAAUUUUUAGCCUAGCUUAAAUCACCUGUAACCUAGGAUUGAAGUUUCUCCGGUGUACCGGCUGUAUUGUUCUGUCCCGAUGCCCUUCGGGAAAGAAAUGAAUAAAAUAUAUUUUAUUAAAAAAAAAAAGAAAAAAAAACAAAGACUUUUAGUUCACCACUAGUUGUGGAGAACUUUGAAUGGAGUUGUCGCUGCAAUGAGAAAAUCCGAAUAACACCUUUAUUAACUAUGUUUUUCGUUUAAAAUGCAGGGGGUGGUAAAAAUAGGACAUAAGAACAAUAAUAACAGAACUGAUACUCACAGAACAGCAUUAAAAGAUCAUAAGAAUUGCACUUUUUCAAUAGUCAUUUUUGAGAUCAAGUCAGGAGAAGGUAGGGAAUAAUUCAUAGUUUUCAACUUUUCAUCGAUCCAGUCUUUUGUUUUCUUUGUCCGGUACACUUUACGUCUUUUAUCAUGUUGAUGAAUUUUUAGUAACUUUUUGGAUCCCCUAAAGGCAUUAACAUUGGUAUGUAUUUCAAAGAAUUUUUUUCAUAAAGAAAAUAAUAGAAAAAAUGAGACUAGAUAAUUUUUCGAGAAAUUGAUUCUAUACUUGUCAUCUUUUAUUGAUCAGCGGGCCUAUAUAUUAAAAUAUGUUGUGAAAACUCAAUAGAUUCUAUUAUCAAUGUAAAUGGCUUAACAAGCUGCAAUUCAAAAAAAAAAAACAAACAAAAAGUUUACAUGCAAGUUGACUUUACUUUCUAUAUAUUUUACGACGUAGACCGAGACAUGUAUGUCCGUCCCCCUUCAGGGCGUCGCUUAGAAUAUAGACAUGUUGUCUGUUGAUGCUUAGUACAACUUUUUGUGAUUUCUUAACUUGAUAUACUGAAAGUAGGGGUCAACACGGAUUGGAUAGUACAAUAUUUUUCUCGUACUUUACGGAUAUUUGAUUUUUCGAUUUGUUUUGCUUCGAAAAAAUAUGAAUAUUCGGUUUUCCGGAUAUCCGAAAAAUUUAUAGAUAUUUACGAAUAUUCACGGAUAUUUACAAAUACAUUAUUUACUUUAUACAAUACAAGUAAAUCUACAAAACAUUAUAUAAAUUUGUUUUUCUCUUACAUAACCUUUACAUAAUAUAAAAGAUCAACUUAAAAUUAAUAAAACAAUGUGUUUUAUGAAUAUGUAAUAUUAAUAAAAUCUUCUUAUAAGACAAAUAUUUGUAGUUUUUGCUAAAGAUUUUAUUUUUUCUUAAUUUUAUAUUUUAUAAGUAAUUUUAUAUAUAAAAUUAGAUGUUAAAAUAAUAAUUGUAUAAGAUUAUACAUUUAAAUUCUAUAUUUAGUAAUAGAUAUACAUUUAUUUGUAUAUAAGCCGGAGCAAAUCGGAUAUCCGCCUCUUAUUUUCUUAGUAUUAGUGAUUUGCUUUGCUUUUAACGAAUAUUGAUUUUUAAUAUUUGUUUUGCUUCAGAAACUUACGGACAUCCGGAUUUUUCGGAGCGAAUCGAAAUAAAUAACGAAUUAUAUCAAAUUUAAAGGAUAAAAUGCCCAGCACUAACCGAAAGUUUGAUUAGACAAAGGCAUAGAGCCGUGGAGGUCCGUUUCCAUUUAAUUUGUCCCAAAAAACAAAAUGAAUCAAAACCAGAUCGGUUGGGUUAUCUUGUUUGAUUUAACAUAUACUGCUAAGACUUCAAGGUAGGUUGCAAGGCCGUCUUUUAGCACGUGCAAGUGGAGCGGUCGAACAGGGUCCAAAAUUUUAGAGGGCCCAUAAUUUUUUUUGUUUUAGUAAUAAUUAUAAAUUUAAAAAUCAGAUAACUAUAUUUCAGUUUAAUUUUUUAUUUACUAACCAAUAAAUAUAUAUUACAAAUUUGAUUUUGUUUACAUAACUAACAAAAUGCAAUAAUUCAGGAAGUAAUUAACAUUUAUAUCAAUUAUAUAUUUUGGAAAGUACAAAAUAGAUGCCGGUGUUUGUUUUAAUAUUCAAUGUAAAUUUAGAAAGUUAAAAUUCUAAAUUGAUUAUGUUUAGGAAACUAGGAUUAAUUAGUGAUUAUAAAUAAGGAGAGAAAUAUUUUUUUUUCAAUAAUUUUUACAAAAAAUAAUAAACACAAACAAAAAAGACUAGUCUAAGCUUCUGUCGAGAAGAAAAAUGAAGAGUCUCCAACUACUUGUUUAAUCAAAUCAAGAGUUUAUGGCUUUUUGUCUAACGACUAUCCAGGUUCUUUGCUUUAUUAGUUUUUAUAUAGAUUAUAACUCUUAAUUAUGGAUACAAAAA